AUGCUCACAAACUCGCGGUUGAAAUUUUCUCCCGACAUUUACAAGUUUAACUUCUUCAAUAACUCAGUAAAUGCUAGAACUUUGAACGUACCAAAGUAUCCGUUUUGGUUGCUUUUCCGAAGUCGGUCGAACAUCCGGUGUGCAGGUGCUGUCGUUGGACAACGGCUGUAUGGAAUACGCCACGAUCAUCCACGAGAUGAUGCAUGUCGUCGGAUUUUAUCACGAGCAUGGUAUGAAGGGAUGAGAAGAGACAAUCAUCUGGAAAUAUCAAAACAUCAGAUAGGGUUGUCACUAAUGACCAGUUUCGGAAAGGUAGAUUUGAGUAAAACAUCUUACUAUGGACAACCAUACGACUACAAAUCUAUACUACACUACGACAGUCUGGCAUUCAGUAAGAACGGCUUUCCGACGAUGUUACCACAACAAGAAAGUGCUACGCUUCAACACUCAUACAUGGAAUUGGGUGUAAAAGCCGGAAAAUACUUGAAAAUGCACGCAAAAAUAAUUGCUUACCUGAUUGACUCAGAGCGUUAA